CGGCCUCACCUCCAAUAUUCAGCCACCCACUACCCCUCUGCUACUCAUAAACCUCGAAUCUGAGAUAGCACCACCAAAAGCGCGCCAUCAGCCAUCAUGUCCAACGGACAGGUGCUCAAGGCCGACAAGGACUUCUCGAAAGAGACGGACAAGGUGUUGCCAGAAGCAGAGGAGCUUGCUAAGAGCAAUGUCCAGGCCGCUAUCGAGAAGCUCAUGUUGCUAGAGAAGCAAACGCGACAGGCGUCCGAUCUUGCCUCUACAUCUCGCGUCAUCGUCGCCAUCGUCACAAUAGCAAAAGAAUCUGGGGAUUGGAGUCUGCUGAAUGAGCAAGUGUUGCUGCUCUCCAAGAAACAUGGGCAGCUCAAGCAGGCAAUUACGAAGAUGGUGCAGGUGGUGAUGAGAUUCUUAGACGAUGUUCCGAGCUUGGAGACGAAGUUGACCGUCAUCGAGACCCUGCGGACGGUGACGGAGGGCAAGAUCUUUGUCGAAGUCGAGCGAGCGCAAAUAACCCGCAUCUUGUCCAACAUCAAGAAGGAACAAGGUGAUAUCAAUGCCGCUACCGAUAUUCUAUGCGAGCUCCAGGUUGAGACGUUCGGAUCAAUGUCACGUCGGGAAAAGACCGAGUUCAUCUUGCAGCAGGUGUCUCUUUGCAUAGAGAAGGGCGACUGGACACAGGCGGGUAUCUUGAGCCGGAAGAUCGGUACCAAAUACUUUACACGGAGGCCGAAGAAGACCCCGGAGCAGUUGGAGAAAGACCAGAAGGAACGGGAAGAGAAGGAGAAGAAGAGGAGUGCGGAUGACCCUCCCGUAGAGCCGGAAGACGACGUUACGGAUCUCAAGCUGAAAUACUACGAGCAGCAAAUCUUACUGGCCAAACAUGACCAGAAGUACCUGGAGGUCUGCAAGCAUUAUCGGCAGGUUCUCGAUACGGAGGCCGUGGAGGAGAAUCCCAAGCAGUUACAAGCGGUGCUUCAACGAGUCAUCUACUAUGUCAUUCUCGCCCCCUACGACAACGAGCAGUCCGACCUCCUCCACCGCAUCCACCGCGAUUCACGAAACCUCCAAAUACCCGAAGACGCUCAGUUGGUCAAGCUGUUCACAGUCCCCGAGCUGAUGAGAUGGCCGAUGGUCGCCAAGCAGUUUGGCAGCCAUCUCUGCAGCACUGAUGUCUUCGAUGACGAGAAGGACCCGGAUGACCCACAGGCGUUCCAGCGAUGGGAUGAUCUCCGGAAGCGUGUCAUCGAGCACAACGUCCGUGUCGUGGCCAAGUACUACACUCGGAUCCAAAUACCACGUCUGACGCAGCUUCUGGAUCUCAAGGAGGACGAGACGGAGAAGUACAUCAGCGAGCUUGUCACCGCGAAGACCAUCUACGCGAAGAUCGAUCGGCCAGCGCGGAUCGUGAAUUUUGCAAAGCCCAGGGAUGCCGAUGAUGUGUUGAAUGAGUGGAGCGGCAACAUGAAGAGCUUACUAGGUCUGUUGGAGAGGAUCGACCACCUCAUCACAAAGGAGGAGAUGAUGGCCCGUAUCCAGCCAAAGAAGGUUGAGAAAUCGAAGACCGGCAAGGCGCAUUAAGUAGACGACUAACAGGGAACUUGGAAUCUUCAUGGUUUCCAAUAAGUCUAGAUCAUUGCGAGCCUUCUAUAUUAUCUUGGCUCCGCGCUCUCUGGCGCGUUGUACUAUAGACGUCUAUGCCCCAACGCCUUCUAUAUCUAUGUCUAAUCGUGUUUCAUGCAAAUGCCC